AUGAAGGAGAGAGACCAGAGCCGCUUCGGCGCGCUUGUCAGCUGGGCCCAGCAGCACGGCGCCGAGCUGCACCCGUCGCUGGAGGUGUACUGCGACCCCGUGACCAAGUUCUCGAUCCGCGUCAAGGAGAAGGAGCAGCUGCCAGCCGGCGAGGCGCUGCUGCAGCCGGGCUUUGCCGCCUUCAGCUGCCCCUUUUCUAUUACGCUGUCGCACCUGAACGCGCUGCCUGGCAGCGGCCCCCCUGGCUCUUCCCUCGGCGGUUCAUCAGCAGCAACACCAGCGGCAUUCCCGCCGCGCUUCAUGGCGACGGUGCCGCCGCACGUCAUCGGCCGCUUCUUCCUGAUGCAGCAGUACCUGCUGGGCGCCGAGUCCUUCUGGCACCCGUACAUCGCGACGCUGCCGCAGCCGGAGCAGCCGGCCGCGUGGGCGCUGCCGGCAUUCUGGCCUGACGACGACGCGGUCUUCCUCCACGGGACCAACGCGCGCGUGGCCGUCGACGAGAUGCAGGCCAACGCGCGGCGCGAGUUCAAGCAGGCGCGCAAGGCGCUCAAGGAGGACGCCGACAUGUUUCCCCAGUGGCAGGACUACACGCGAUUGCUGUACAACUGGGCCUUCUGCAUCUUCACGAGCCGCAGCUUCCGGCCGUCGCUCAUCGCGUCGGCGCACGCGCGGGACGCCAUCGCCCAGGCGCUAGCACCGGCGGCGGGGCGCUGCGGCAUCGACGACUUCUCGGUGCUGCAGCCGCUGUUCGACAUUGCCAACCACAGCAUGACGUCGCGGUACACGUGGGACGUCAGCUCGGGCCCGCUGCCAUGCUGCCGCCUGGUGUGCCUCGACGCCUACGGCCCGGGCGAGCAGGUCUACAACAACUACGGGCUCAAGACUAAUAGCGAGCUGCUGCUGGGCUACGGCUUCGUCGUGCCUGAGACGGCCGCGCUGCAUAACGAUUACGCGCACGUGAGGAAGCGCGGCGGCGGUGGCAGCGACUCGUCGUCCGAGUUAGCAGGCGGUGGCGGCGGCGACAAGCCAAAGGACUUCCUCAUCUCGCUGCGGCCCCUGACGGAUCCGAGCUCGGUGGUCGGGCGCGCCAGGCCGCCGCCGUCGUGCACCCUCCUGAGCACAAGCCGGGGGCCGCUGCACCUGCUGCCUGAGUUUGCGCACUUUGAGCCUGCGCUGGUCUACGACCUGGCCGAGGCGCUCUCUGCCCGGCCUGAGACACCGCCGGCAGCAGCCGGGGAGGAGCCAAGAGCAGGAGCGUCACAGGCCGUAGAACUAGUAGUAGAAGACGAAGACGAAGACGCGCUCGUAGGACGCAUCAAAGAGGCGCUGGCCGCGAAGCUACAGUACGACUACCAGCAGCUCGAGGAGGCGGCCGCUGCGGGCGGCGGCGACGGCGCCGAGCCGGCGAACCAGAACCAGCGGCUGGCGCACGAGUAUCGCCGGCAGUGCGGCAAGGUGCUGCUCGCUGCGCUGCAGUCACUGGCGGCAUAG